UCCCCUUCCCUCGGAGCUAUAACUUGAGUUGCGGACCUAACACCCUCCACGGCCCAGCACCUGAGCUCUGGUCUCGCUCUUCCCUCGCGGAAUAAGCAACAUGAGCUUCAGCACCCAGUCCUCUUUCUCCAGCUACCGGUCCGUGCAGUCGCCGGGCCACCGGGUCCGACCGGUCAGCAGCGCGGCCAGCGUCUAUGCAGGCGCCGGGGGCUCGGGCUCCCGGAUCUCCGUGUCCCGCUCCAGCAGCGUCCGGGGCGGGGGCGGCUGGGGGGCCGGGAUGGCCGGGGGUCUGGUGGGUGUCGGGGGCAUCCAGGGCGAGAAGGAGACCAUGCAGGACCUGAAUGACCGCCUGGCCUCCUACCUGGAGAGGGUGAGGAGUCUGGAGGCUGAUAAUCGGAGGCUGGAGAUCAAAAUCCGGGAACACCUGGAGAAAAAGGGACCCCAGGUCAGGGACUGGAGUCAUUACUUGAAGACUAUCGAGGAACUGAGGGCUCAGAUCUUUGCAAGUUCUGUGGACAACGCCCGCAUCGUUCUGCAGAUUGACAAUGCCCGUCUCGCUGCUGAUGACUUCAGAGUCAAGUAUGAGACGGAGCUGGCCAUGCGCCAGUCUGUGGAGAGCGACAUCCACGGGCUCCGCAAGGUCAUUGAUGACACCAAUGUCACUCGCCUGCAGCUGGAGACAGAGAUCGAGGCUCUCAAGGAGGAGCUGCUCUUCAUGAAGAAGAACCACGAGGAGGAAGUAAAGGGUCUACAAAACCAGAUUGCCAACUCUGGGUUGACCGUGGAGUUGGAUGCCCCCAAACCUCAGGACCUCAGCAAGAUCAUGGCAGACAUCCGGGCCCAGUAUGAUGAGCUGGCUCAGAAGAACCGAGAGGAGCUGGACAAGUACUGGUCCCAGCAGAUUGAGGAGAGCACCUCAGUGGUCACCUCACAGUCGGCUGAGAUUGGAGCUGCUGAGAUGACACUCACGGAGCUGAGACGGACCGUCCAGUCCCUGGAGAUCGACCUGGACUCCAUGAGAAAUCUGAAGGCCACCUUGGAGAACAGCCUGAGGGAGGUGGAGGCCCGCUACGCCCUGCAGAUGGAGCAGCUCAACGGGGUCCUCCUGCACCUGGAGUCAGAGCUGGCUCAGACCCGGGCAGAGGGGCAACGCCAGACCCAGGAGUACGAGGCCCUGCUGAACAUCAAGGUCAAGCUGGAGGCUGAGAUCAACACCUACCGCCGCCUCCUGGAAGAUGGCGAGGACUUCAAUCUUGGCGACGCUCUGGACAGCAGCAACUCCAGGCAGACGAUUCAGAAAACCACCACCCUCAGGCUCGUGGAUGGCAAAGUGGUGUCUGAGACCUCAGACACCAAAGUUCUGAGGCACUGAGGCAGCAGAAGCAGGGUGCCCUGGGGAGCAGGAGGCCAAUAAAAGUUCAGAUGUCAUUGCA